AUGGAAUCCACUACACCUCCUGAUGAGCCGAGUCUCCAGAAACGAGGACAUGCUCGUUCCGCUGCAACCUACCCCCGGAAGCGGGCUACCCAGGCAUGCCAGACUUGUCGCCUUAGGCGGACAAAGUGCGAUAACACCCGGCCGGCGUGCGCAUCAUGUGUGCGGCUCGGGGCGGAAUGUUCCUACCGGCAGAUUUGCUUCUCAACAUUCGAUUCCGCAAGCCUGGCUAUUCUAAAACGGAUUGAUGAUCUGGAAACACUGAUCCAGACCAAGGUCAAUGAUCCAUCUCCGGUGGCUCCGUCUAACGCUCCCCUUGCUGUAUCGUCGCCUAGCACAUCUCUUGAAAAUUGGUCACCUGUGCUCGACCAGCGGACACAAUGGAAACCCUCUCUUAUUAACAUUGAACAGGUUCUCAAGUGGCCUGUUUUCCAUGACCAAGACCUUGAGUCGCGACUAUAUCUAAUCUCUCCAUCUGGAGAGAACACAAGUUAUCCAGACCUACCAAUCUCUGUUGAUCUCGACCUCCGUGCGGCCGAUCACCUCGUUCAGAGUUUCUUCAACAAUGUACAUAUAUUCAACCCAACGUUGAAGGAGGAGGAUAUCAACGAGUAUAUGAGUACAGUGGGAUUGAAUGGUAUUGGGUGGGACGCAAUGUCAUGUCUAUUGCUUCUCAUAUAUGCUAAUGGUGCAAUCGCGACACCAUUUGAAAGAAAUGGACAAGGUGUAUCUUCUAGUCUAUUCCACCAGUCAAGGGAAUUCCUACAAGCUGAAGCGUAUUUCCUUGCCGCGCAGAAGCGAAUGGGCAUGCUGCUCUGCAGAAGCGGUGCGAUAGAAGCGCAAUGCUUUUUUCUAGCCGGUGUAUACCUUAUGACAAACUUGCGAUCGGUGGAGGCGUGGAGGAUGUUCGUACAAGCCCUAGCGUGCUGUCGGGGCUUUUCCAUCCCUCAUACCCAUGGUAAUCGUCAUGAAGACACUUGGGACACAAAACAGAGAGUAUACUGGACCUGCUUGAAGUCUGAGCUAGAGCUGCGACUAGAAUUGAAUUUUUACCAAAAGAACGUUCUGGAUCUCACAUACCCUACAUUCUUUCCGUCGCCUCCAGAGGAGCUCAAGUCCAAAGAUGAAGCGGCAUGGUACUUCUAUCUGGCUGAAAUUGCUUUGCGACGACUGAAGAACCGCAUUCUAGGCUAUUUCUAUCGACCGUACGCGGUAAACUCACAGCCCAACAUGAAAGCGGCGAUUCUUGACUUCGAGGAGCAAGCAGAUGCAUGGUAA